UUCACAAUUGGUGCCCUAGUGGGAGCGCUCGGAGCACUCUGCCUUAGUUUCCGCUCAACAAUCGUUCGGAUUGCGCUCCAAAAAACUUUCUCUAGCGGAAAUGGAUCAGAAUUGCGUUUUCCAAAACGCCGACAUGUCGUUCGCGGCGAGGCUCAUUACCUAUUCGGGACUGCUGUUCCUGGUUGUGGGUACGCUCCGCCUGCUGCAAUCAUUGGUCCGUGGAGCGUACCACUGCUUCCUGGGCCAAGUCCUCGGUCACAACGUGAACUUCCAAAUGUUCGCCGGGAAAUGGGCUGUCGUCACGGGAGCGUCCGAUGGCAUCGGCAGGGCCUACGCGGAACAGCUCGCGCAGAAGGGUAUCAACAUCUGGUUGAUAUCCAGGACUCAGUCGAAGCUCGAUGAGGUCGCUGCCGUGAUCCAGGACAAGUUCAAAGUUGAAACGAAAACCCUGUCUGUCGACUUCUCUUCGAACGAUCGCGGCUGCUACGAAGUCAUCCGCAAGCUCAUCUCGAAUCUCGAAGUCGCUGUGCUGGUGAACAAUGUCGGCAUGAGUUUCCCGUACCCGGAGUAUUUCACCGAGGUGCCCGAUGGUGAUCACCUCAUUGAUCAGAUGAUCCAGGCCAACUGCACGUCGGGAACUCUGAUGAUGCGUCUUUUUCUUCCGGGAAUGGCUUCUCGACACAGUGGAGUUGUCAUUAACGUGUCGUCCUUGUCGAACAUGUACCCGUUGCCGCUGCUCGGCGUCUACGCGGGAACGAAAAGCUAUAUGGAAUUCCUCUCCCAGGCGACCGCAUGUGAAUAUCAGAAUCUCGGAGUCAUCGUUCAGUCAGUGAAGCCAGCGUUCGUGUCGACGAAAAUGUCCAAGAUCCGCAAAGCCAGCCUCAAUGUUCCGACCCCGGAUGCCUAUGUCCGACGAGCCCUCACCACCGUCGGACUAGAGACGUCAACCUACGGUUAUAUCCCCCAUAAGAUACGCGGCUAUUUCCAGGAGGUAGCUUUUAACAGCAUGCCUCUCCACUGUAUGUUGUCCUUGUCUCUCAGGAUGAUGUCCGGACUUAGAGCCCUUCGCUACAAGAAGGAUAAGAGAGAGGACCCUAUUCAGCAACUCAAAAAACGACAACCGCCAGAGAAAUUGAAACGUUUCCCGUGGAUUUCGAGGUUCGCUUCGUUCGGCGUGGUCAAAUAUCCCGCGUCCUGUGUUCAGUUGCCGGCCACCAACACGAACGCUUCCUCGACACAAAGCUGGCUUCACGGUUCUUUUGGCUCGCUGAUUGUCACGGACAGUGGGAAUCUCGUUAAUCCAUUCAUGCGCGUCACUAAUUAGAUGACGAGGCAUUUGGCUACCAUAAGAGAGUCAUAGUUACUCCCGCCGUUUACCCGCGCUUCAAAGAAUCUCUUCACUUUGACAUUCAGAGCACUGGGCAGAAAUCACAUUGUGUCAAAACCAAUUACUGGACUUCACAAUGCUUUGUUUUAAUUAGACAGUCGGAUUCCCUUAGUUCGUGCCAGUUCUGAAGUAGUUGAUAAUUUUCAAUCACCUCGGAAUAAACCGAAUAGCUAACAAUGUCCACAAACACAACUUCGGGCAUCAUCCAGACGAGCACGAAGCCCACCCAGCGACGUCACAAUGUCAUAAAUGCUUCUGCUGUCAACCUGACUGAAUCAACCUUCAGAGCCAUCCCUUCUCCCAAAGUUACAGAACUAUUUUGCCGACUUCCCUUACCUACAUUAAUCUAGACACUAAAGGCUUCGCACCUUGGAGACCUGCUGCG